AUGUCAUCUGAAGGACGGACUCUGGACGGCAAGACCCACCCACUCAAUGUCUGUCCCAAUACGGAAGGCACUGUGACCGAUGGUGCUCGGAGAAAGAGCGCAGGUGGAAAGCGCAGACAGGGAAAGAACGAUGCUGCCGUAAACAGCAUCUACCCCCUGUGGAAGAAGAAUCCUGCAGAUAAACAUCCAAAUAUUGCAAUGUAUACACAUCUCUUCUCAACACCUAGUGACAACAGCUAUUACUCAACGCGACGAUUUGCGGUGGCGUGUUUCGUCGAGUUUGUUGCUCAGCGAGCCUGUGAACACCCGCCGAAGCUCCACCAUCUCAGAGACGAGAACUACGGCGGUGUCAGCGACGAACAUCAAUAG